AGAAUCGCCGACGGAUACAUUUUAACCACGGUUGUUCGGCGACGUCUCGCGCUUUCGAGCUCGCUGCAGCACGACUUGAGUGGUAACAGCGUUCAGUGUCUCUGUGCUGGGACCAGCGGUUGCUCUCGAAAAUAUGGGACAGGCGAGGUCUCGGUUCCUGAGCGUUUCGGUGCAGAGUUGCCGGCAUUUCACGAGAUCGGAGUCAACCUGCCGAGAGAUCGGUAUCCUGGGAGCCCCUCUGCGUUCUGGUCAGCGGAAGAAAGGCGUAGAAGAGGCUCCGAAGUUCCUCCGCGAAGCCGGCGUGAUCCAGAGGCUGGAAGCUCUAGGCUACACGGUGAAAGAUUACGGUGAUGUCGCAGUAGAAGGCAAUCCAGACCUCAUAGUGGAGAAAGCAAUUGAAAGUGACGUCGUUGGGAAGACCACCAAAAACAUCCGCGACGCUGUGGCGGCAGCGGUAAGCUCGGGUCGGCUCACCGUGAACCUGGGUGGAGAUCACAGCUCGGCCAUCGGGACCGUUACCGGGCACGCAGCAGCCACCCACUCGGACGUGGCCCUGAUCUGGAUCGACGCCCACGCUGACAUGAACACCGUCAGGUCGAGCGGCUCCGGUAACCUCCACGGAAUGCCUGUGUCGUUCCUUUUGCACGAGAUGGCGCAUUUCGUCACGAAGCCUCCAAGUCUGGAAUGGGUGCAACCCUGCGUCCACAAAGAAAACUUCGCCUUUAUCGCGCUGAGGGAUGUAGACUCAUAUGAGAGGUACUUCAUCGACCACCUGGGCAUAACGACGUUCGGAAUGGCCGAGAUUGAUCGCGUAGGGAUAAGGGAAACCAUACAGCGCGUGCUGAAGAAGAUCAAUCCCACAGGAACGAAAUCUCUACACGUAAGCUUCGACAUUGAUUCCAUCGAUAAACUCAUCGCUCCGAGCACGGGAACUUCAGUUAUCGGAGGCCUUACAAUGCGAGAAGCCUUCGUGAUUGCCGAAGAGGUACACCAAUCAGGACAGCUCAGGGUCCUAGACCUGACAGAAGUCAAUCCUCGGCUGGGAACCGUGGAAGAAGUCACGCGAACCGUCGGCUGCGGGGUGGACGUCAUCAGCGCCUUCUUCGGAAAUCAGAGGAACGGAAAUCUGCCUCUCGAAGUGGACUCUGCCGUUGUCGGAGAAAACGCUGUACACAAGCGAUCACGAUAG